UGAUGACAAAAUGGAAUGGCUAUUUAAUUUGAAUGCUUAUAAAUCGGCUACUUUUGUUUUCUAAAGCUUGGAAAAAAACAUCAGGAUGGUUUAUUUGUCUAUUAUUUGUAAUUUAUACAGCUACUUUGGUUUCUGCCUGUGUCUUUUCUUUAUUUUCUAAAUAAUGCUGUCUUGUAAGCCCCUUUGGGCCAGGGCAAAUUAUUUAUGCAUGACACAAUAAUAAUAAAAUAAAAUAAAAUCAUGUAGGCAGAGUCACAUAUGAACAUGCCAACUCCACACACACAAAGUGCUGUGCUUGAAGGGACUGAUAGUGCCAACCAAACAGUCUGUGAAAAGUGCAACCUCAUGGCCAGAAUUAACGUACUUAUGUCGUGACACAUCUGUUCACAUCAGGGCUUUAUUGCAACAACAAGGCUUUUAUUUUGAAAAGAGGCGUGCUUUAAACUGUCUGACUUGACAGCAGACCGGAGGAGCAGUAAGGAUGGAAAGGACAUCUGCACUUAUGUCACAUUACACAAAACCGGAUUUUCUGAAUGAGGAACAAAAGCGGUGGGCUGCACAUGUGCAUGUCUCCAGUCGUUUGUAGGAGGCUGUCCUUGGACGCAUUAUUAUUAUUAUAGGCUCUCAGUGAAAAACCGAGGAUCAUUGUAGGUAACCAGACGUCCAGGAAGUUUAUUGUCGGUCUCAGUUUAUGAGAUCGACCACCAUCGAGACUUUUUUUUUUUUUUACCUGAGGAUAAUUUACUGGUCCGGGCUUAUGAAACAGAAUUGAUGCAGUCAGGUCGGUGUAAAUAUAACCGGAUUUUCUAUCUUUUGGAUGUAUGAUCCAGUGUAGCCUAUAGAGCAGCACCAUUAAUUGAAAAAAAAAAAAAAUCCCAUAGCAUAAUAAACCACGAUGGAGGUCGAUGCCGGAAAUCAAAAGAUCCCCCUUGGUGAGAGGGAUUGUGCUCUGAAGCCCUCAGAGCAGACUGUGGGUGCGGAGCGGCAGAGACCCACAUGGAGCGGCCGGCUGGAGUUCAUCCUGGCCACGGUGGGGUACGCGGUGGGACUGGGCAAUGUCUGGAGGUUUCCAUACCUGUGCUACAGCAGCGGUGGAGGUGCCUUCAUGGUCCCUUAUCUCAUCAUGGUGCUCCUGUGUGGCAUUCCUCUGCUCUUCAUGGAGUUUUCUAUUGGCCAGUACACACGUUUAGGGCCAGUGCAUGCUCUCGCCAAAAUCUGUCCCUUGUUGAAAGGUGUUGGUCUGGCCACAGUUGUUAUCUCCUUCGUGUUCUCCACGUACUACAAUGUGCUCAUGAGCUGGGCACUUUACUACCUCUUCAACUCGUUCGGAGCGACCCUCCCGUGGACUUCCUGCAACAACACCUGGAAUGUUGUGGAAAACUGCUCCAGCGGUUUCCACGGCAACACCACCCACCUGCAGUCUGCCAGCCAACAGUUCUUUGAUCACAGACUUCUGCAGAAAACCAAUGGCAUUGAAGAAUCUGGUGGCAUUCGCUGGGAACUAUUUGGCUAUCUUAUUUUUUCCUGGGUCAUCGUGUAUUUAUGCAUAUUUAAAGGAAUCAAAUCCACUGGCAAGGUUGUGUAUUUCACUGCUGUAUUUCCGUACUUCAUCCUGUUUGCCCUGCUCAUCAAUAAUGUGCAGCUUCCUGGAGCCAAGAAUGGUAUCCUCUACUUUGUGACACCUGUCUGGGGCAAACUGUUUGAAGUGAAGGUUUGGGUUAAUGCAGCCGCCCAGGUGUUUAACUCCCUUGGAAUAGCAUUUGGCUCAAUGAUUUCGAUGGCCAGUUACAACAAGUUCAACAACAACAUUCUCAGGGAUGCUUUAAUUGUAUCAUUAGCCAACACAUUCACUAGUGUCCUGGCUGGCUUUGUGAUCUUCUCAGCUAUCGGCUACAUGGCUUUUAUACAUAACCUUCCAGUGGACAACAUAGCUACAGAUGGUCCUGGUUUGGUGUUUGUUGUGUACCCUGAAGUCCUCUCCACCAUGCCUGCCUAUCAGCUGUGGGCCCCUCUGUUCUUCUUUAUGCUGCUGUGUCUGGGCCUGGACAGCCAGUUCGCCAAUGUUGAAGUGGCUAUUACAUUCAUAAAAGACGAGUUUGGCCCCCAAGUUCUGGCUUUUCUAAAGAGAGAAGAGCUGUUGACCCUGGUCGUGUGCAUCAUUGGCUUUAUCCUGGGGAUUCCUCAUGUAACCAAGGGAGGUAUCUAUGUGUUUCAGCUGAUGGACCACUACACCGCUGUGGUCUCCCUCAUGUUCCUGGCUUUCUUUGAAGUUGUCGCUGUCUGCUGGAUCUUUGGUGUCCCAGGUAUCUGCACCAUGAUCAAGAGGAUGCAAGGAAAAACUCCAUUCAUUUACUUUCGUGUCUGUUGGCUGCUGCUCUGUCCUCUAUUGGUGCUGUGUAUACUGAUGUCCAGCAUCGUCCAGUACACUCCUGCUCACUAUGGGAAGUACUCAUACCCAGGAUGGGCUGAAGGUGUGGGCUGGGGCGUCUCACUGGUCUCCAUAGUGUGGAUCCCACUUGGAGCGAUUCAAGAGAUCUAUAGCAACAAAGGCUCACUUCUUCAGCGACUUAAAACAUCGAUAAUUUCCAAAAUAGACCUGGAUGCUGAGGAUCCCCUGCCAGAAAAACAAAACCUAGACAACCCAGCGUCUGAAACCUUGUUUACUUCAGUGGCAUGACCAGGAAUACUGCCAAGGCCACGUCUGUGCGUCUCUGCAUACCAAACCCUGUGAUAGGGUUUUUUAAUCAAGGGUACUGUUUAGUGAUGGAUACACAUUCUUUAAGUUUCUAUCAUAAAAUUAUAAUUUUAUCCUAUUUGCUCUACCAAAGGAUGGAUUCGUUACUGUAUCUUACGCCCACUGUACAUUUGUAGUACUUUAAAAACUCAAGCUACAGUUGACUUCAACAGUAUGAAAACAUCCUUUGUACUUUGUACAAAGUGUAUAAUGAAAAUCUGAGAUUUUGUCCACCUACUAAAGGUUAAUUUAAUUUAAUUAAGAUAUGAUGAGUGAUUAUGUUCCCCUGUCUUGACUAUGCAGGUGCUCAUUCCAACCAAAGACAACAAGAUACAUUUAAAUGAUUAUCUCCUCCCCUGUGGUUGAUUAAUCAGUACAAAUAUUUAGUGUAUGUAAUGAUGUUUCCUCUUGCAACGUGUAAAUAAGAGUGUAUUAUAUAUCUACAUUUGAGACAUUCAGAGGCUUAUUAACUUUUUAGCUUAAUACUUAAUAAACUUAGCUUAAUAAUAUCUAUAGAGUGAACCCCUAAAGGCCACUUUUCUUAAUCAAAUAUGUCAUAAAGGGGCUGAAGAGUCCCAUCUGAAAGUCUCCUCCAAACACAGCAGGGAAAUGCAGCCUUCUUUGGCCUAAAUGUUGGCGUCCACAACCAGAGUUAUCUUUGUGGCCUUUAAAUCUGUAAAACAUUGUGCUGUUCUGUUGAUUAAUGUAGCGUUCAGGCAAUCCUCAUCUACAUGUAAAGUUGAGAAAUUUGAGUAUUUGCUUUGGCGGUCAGCAAUAAGAAGCACUGCAAUGUGUAGAUACUGUAGUAUAAGCUAGACAUAACCUCUCACUGUUUGUUCUUGAUAGCAGCCUGGCUGUAUUGUUAAUCCCCAGACAUAACAGGAAAAGUUAAAAAAGUUCAAUGGAUAUAUUUACCGUUACCCUUUAACACUGUUUGCUAGUUGUCGGUCUUGUGAAACUUUCUAAACUCAAGUGUUACGAAACUUGUUCUAGUGUGUCACCGUCUUUUACACGUCAUUCCCCAUUUGGGGGCAGCUGUCUGUACAAAGUUAAAAAUGUUUGACUUGAUGAUUGACGUGGAGCGCCUGAAUGCAUCAUUAGUUUUGACCUGAGUGGCUGCAGGUUCAGGUGGUCCUUCAGAGGAUCCAGCCUCUGAACUGGGACGCAGCUUGAGUCUCAGCCUGAAUAGAGGGGAGAUGUAGACACUGAGUGUUUGGAGAUAUUUUAACUUCCCAGUGCCUGAACAGCCUUCACAUGAACACACAUGAGCAGAAGUGAUCAAAUACAAACUAGAAGCAUAACAGAACCAGACAAAUACCAUUUUAGUUCAAAUUACAUUCUUUACAUGCAUUUCAAUUGUGAAUUUCUCUUAAAUGCAUUGUGUCAUGAUUGUUUUUUUUUCCAAUGCAUUUGCUGCAGAGCUUCAGAGAGAGUCAUUUGUGAGUGAUGUGAUCCAGGUGGCGGGUUAAUGUUGUACCGAUGUGUACUGAGCUCAAAUAAUCAGUGCUGGGAUUUCGUAUAAUCUCUACAGGCUGAGGAACGAGUUAAUGUUCUUUUAAGCAAUGCAUUUGACAUUAUUUUGAACUAUCUUGGAGCAGGCGACUCACAAGAGUUUUGGAGAUUAUAAAUGGUGCCUUUGAUCUGCUUCCAUAAAGCUGAAUUGGGCUAAUGAGGGUCGAUAAUGAGGGUAGAUUAUCUUGAGGAGGGCAACACUUGUCUGGCGACUCCCCAUUCAGUGUUCCAUACUUUAUUGACCCAAACCUGCAGUUAAAUACUGACUGUCUUAUCUCACACUUCUUAAGAGAAGGAAGCCAAAAAGUUAACUUUGGUGGAAGCCUUAUUUAUUUUAACUCAAGCUUUAACUUUGAGAUUGUUCACUAGUGUUAAGUAAUGGGUUUUUUUAAUGAUUGACCUCUUGUCUUGACGUCAACGCUUAGUAUAAAGAGAGAUUGUACCAGAUCCAAAUUCUGUCUCAGUCAGUGUUGAACUGUAAGUUGAAGUGUAAGCUUUGGGUUGAUAUAUUAUGUAGACGAACUACCUCGACUGGAAAUGACCGGAGGAGAUUAUGCGUAACUGAGAAAGUCACACUUUCUUGCAAGAUUGUCUAAAAUGUUGCGCCCGAUAUUGAGUUAUUGGCCUUUUCUGUCUCACUAGGUAGCUUAUCAAACAACCCCUCAUUCAGGAGUGCCUUUUAUCCAAAGUACUGAAAACAUGCUUUGAUAAAAACACCUGAAUAUGAUUUUAAAAUGAUGCAAGGAACAAUUUACUACUUUUCUCAACAAUGAUAUGUGCAUUUUACACCUAAAAGAAAUGCUGUCACUCCAGUUUUGUAAUUGUUUUCAUAUUUGUGCAAGAAAAACAAUAAUUAAUGUGAGGCUUAAAAACUUAUAAAGAGAAGCCUCAUGAAACUUAAUGUUACCUGCCUCAAGUGCCUUUUGUGAAAAAGUUUUGUUUUUAAUGAUUUAUAUUGAAUUUGACAACCAAAACUUUUAUUUAAACUGUAUAUGUUGUUGUUGAAAGCUGCAUUAUUUUACUUUAUGUCAUGAAAUGAAUCAACUGUUAAAAUGUAAUAGAUGAUUUAGAAGCACCGUACAACAUAAUAAGUCACUGUUUACACUUUUUAGUAAUUGGACUUUUAAUAUGAACUAAAUACAGUAAUAUAAUGGGCUAUUAACACAAUUAAAUCUGGGUUAUUUGAAAAAAGGGAGUUACGCAACCGAUGAUGUGCUGACAAUGUCGGUUUUCAUCUCAACCAAACACACCUGCUGAUUUCACGGAUACGUUUCAGGUGAUCCUCUCGAUCAGUGAAGUCAGCUGCUGCUGCAGUUUGUGGCUGAAUGAAAACUCUCUUUGCUCCACGAAACAAGACUGCUCAUCCCUCAUUUCAAAUAUCUCUCAUUAUACACAAGCACAUUUAAAAUUUGUGACUCAAUGCUGUUAUGUUAUGUGUUUUGGUUUCAUGAUGUUGCUCUCACAGUUCUCCCGUUCACACUGUAACAGUGAACAUGCUGAUCAGCCUUUAUGCAAAACAACUAUAUAUUUGUAAGAUGGAUUGUUUUUAAAAAAAAUUGAAGACACAAACAUGUGUUUUCUCGUGUUUUAUGUAUGUCAAACAAAAUCCUACAAAUCUCUUUACUGAAUUUAAUGUUGAUUUUUUUAUAUCGGUGACUAUGUUUAAUUUUUCUUACUAUAUUUAUCAUAUUUUUACUGUGUUGCUGUGUUGACUUGUGGUGUCUUAACAUGUUGUUAAAUAAAAAGCCUUCAUUCUUG